AUGGCGAAUGCAAAGACUCAAGAAGGAAGGAUAAGUGGAAUCAAGAUCAGUAGACGAGGCCCUUCAGUAACCCAUCUUUUCUUUGCGGAUGAUUCGCUAAUUUUUUGCAAGGCCUCAUGUCAAGAAGCACACGAACUGACAAAAAUUUUGAGGAGCUACGAACAAGCAUCAGGACAAAUGAUAAACCUCGACAAGUCUAGCGCCUUCUUCAGCAAAAAUGUCAACCAGAAAUCUAAGGAGGCGGUAUGCAGCAAGCUGGAGGGAAUUCAACAAGUAGCUCAAGGGAAAUACUUGGGACUCCCAAUGGUGGUCACCAGAUCGAAGAAGCAAUUGUUCGGAUACAUCAAGGAAAACAUUGAACGUAGAAUGCAAAACUGGAAAUCCAAAUUGCUAAGCUCAGCUGGGAAAGAAAUCUUGAUCAAAGCAGUCUCAAUGGCCAUACCCACUUACACUAUGUCUUGUUUCAAAUUGCGUUGCAGGUUAUGUAAAGAUAUCUGUUCACUUCUAUCAAAAUUCUGGUGGGGUGAGCAAGACAACAAAGGCAAAAUUCAUUGGGUGGCUUGGGAGAAGUUGACCAAGGAGAAGAAGAAUGGUGGCCUCGGGUUUAAGGAUUUACAAAGCUUUAAUAGAGCCUUGCUAGCCAAACAGAUUUGGAGAAUCAUAAGGAAUCCAAAUCUGUUGUCUAGCAAGGUGCUAAAGGCAAAGUAUUUCCCUAACAGCUGCAUCCAGGAGAGCAAAGCCCCAAAGAACGCAUCAUGGUGGAAUAGACCACUCAUUUUCAAGACGUUUUGUAAGGAGGAUGCACAUAAUAUUUUGAAAAUCCCAAUCAGCAUCACGGGAAGAUAUGAUAACACCUUCUGGACAAGGAACAUAAAUGGGGAGUACACGGUGCAGUGUGGAUACAAAAUGGAAAUGGAAAAGAAGGAGGAAGUGAUUAGGAAAGAAGGUGAGGGAGUGGAAACGAGUUUUAACUCAGUGAGCCAGCAAGUGUGGAAGGUUCUGUGGAGCUUAAACAUCAGCUACAAAGUUAAGAUGUUCAUUUGGAAAUGUCUCUCAGAUGCGGUACCAGUCAAGGAGCUAAUAUGGAGGAGAAUCAAAAGGGGAGAUCCAAUAUGUUCUGUAUGCGGUGAAGAGGUGGAAACACUGGAACACAUGCUACUUAAAUGCAGCAAAGUACAGGACAUUUGGAAAUUGGCUCCUAUCCAUUGGGAUGGUAUUGCAUACAGAGCGGAUAAAUUCAAAGACUGGUGGGCAGGAGUUUCUGAAGCUAGAUAUAGGAUACAAGGGAAAGAUCAUAUAGGCCUUACGGCAUAUAUAUUGUGGCAGAUCUGGAAAAGUAGGAACAACAAUGUUUUCAACAACAAAGACAGGGACCCAGCUGCAAUUAUAAACAAAGCAUGCAGAGCUUGGGGGGAAUUUGAAAAUGCAACAGGGAAAGCUAGGCAUUGGAGGGAUGGGAAGAUAGCAGUAGCUCAGCAACAAAGGGACCAAGAAGAAGAGCAGCCAGAGCAUGCCACAGGUGCAGGAAUAACACUGAGAAUAGCAGUGCAAUGGAGUAAAGAGGACAAUAUCGUUGGGUAUGGCAUUGUAGCGUAUGAUGGAACACAACAGGAAUUAUUGGCUUGGGGGAUGAAAGAAAGGGCAGUGGAUAGCCAACUUCAAGAUCUGGCUGAAGGUGUCAAGCUAGCCCAAAUUAAGGCAGCCGCCGAACAAGGUUGGCGUUUGAUUAACAUAGGUGUUCCUGACAAAAAUUUGCUACAACAAAUCCAGCAGACAAAACCAUUGGCAGAAAGAAUUGUAACCGUGGUGCAAGAUAUCCGUGAGCUGAGCUCCAUGUUUUACAAGUGCUCCUUCUACCUAGACAUAGGCAACACUAAUGAUCUUAGUUUCCAGUUUAGUGCUCAAGCUUUGAGCAGUCAUCAAGAUACAGAAUGGGUUAAUCCCAAUCUAAUGUGCUAG